GACCCAAGGGUGGAGAAGGGGGAAGGCUAAGGACGCGCGUUCCCGGGCUCGUGACCGCCGGCAGUCCGGAGAACCCGCGCCCAGCCAGCCUUGGGGAGAUGGCAGGCGGCGUGGACCUGCGAGUCGGGGGACCCCUCCACCUGCUGCUGCUGGUGGCCGUCCUGACCCUGGCCGCCACGGGGGUCAGUCGAGGCGCCGCAGCCUGGACCGAGGAGAAGAAUUAUCACCAGCCAGCUAUUUUGAAUUCAUCGACUCUUCGGCAAAUUGCAGAAGGCACAAGUAUUUCUGAAAUGUGGCAAAAUGACUUACGGCCGCUGCUGAUAGAGCGAUAUCCAGGAUCCCCUGGAAGCUAUGCUGCUCGGCAGCACAUCAUGCAGCGAAUUCAGAGACUUCAGGCUGACUGGGUCUUGGAAGUGGACACCUUCUUGAGUAACACGCCCUAUGGGAUCCGGUCUUUCUCAAAUAUCAUCAGCACCCUGAAUCCCACUAUUAAGCGACACUUGGUCCUCGCCUGCCACUAUGACUCCAAGUAUUUUCCCCGCUGGGACAACAGAGUGUUUGUGGGAGCCACGGAUUCAGCCGUGCCGUGCGCGAUGAUGCUGGAACUUGCCCGUGCCUUAGACAAACAACUCCUUUCCUUGAAGAAUGUGUCAGACUCCAGGACAGCUGUCUCACUCCAGCUAAUUUUCUUCGAUGGAGAAGAAGCUUUUCUCCACUGGUCGCCUCAGGAUUCUCUGUACGGGUCCCGGCACCUAGCUUCGAAGAUGGCAUCGACCCCGCACCCACCUGGAGCGAGAGGCACCAACCAACUGCAUGGCAUGGAUUUAUUGGUCUUAAUGGAUUUAAUUGGAGCUUCGAAUCCAACAUUCCCCAAUUUUUUUUCAAACACUGCCAGAUGGUUUAAUAGAUUCAAAGCAAUUGAACAAGAACUUCACGAAUUGGGUUUGCUCAAGGACCACUCUUUGGAGAGGCAGUAUUUCCAGAACUUUGGUUAUGGAGGUCUGAUUCAGGAUGACCAUAUUCCAUUUUUAAGAAAAGGCGUUCCAGUUCUGCAUCUGAUACCCUCUCCUUUCCCUGAAGUCUGGCACUCCAUGGAUGACAACGAAGAAAAUCUGGAUGAAUCAACCAUUGACAAUCUAAACAAAAUCCUACAAGCUUUUGUGGCAGAAUAUCUGCAUUUGUCAUUCUGAUAUAGUUUAUGGUAAUUGCUUCUAGUACUGAAUUCAAAAGUCAAGAUUUUUAGUAAUCUGAUUCCAAACAUACGCUGUGUGAAAUUUGUAUCCUGUAGAUUCAUUCCGUAGGUGGCUUUGAAGAUGUGAUCAAUGAAUCCUAGACUUAUAUUGUGUCCUAAAUUGCUCAUUAAUUUUCAUUAAAGAUUAAAGAGAACAUAUGAAGGAAACAGAAAAGAAAUAUCUUUUAAAAACUUCUUUAGUUGAAAUGAUUAAGUGAGGUUAGAUUCAUUUAUUCAAUAGGAUUGUCUUCUAAACAGUAUUUAAAAAUGAUGAUAUUAUUCAAUAUGUAGCCUUAAUUUUAUGACUUUUCAUAUUUGGAAAUCUACAUAUAAUACAAAAUGGAAAUAUAGUUUGAAGGCUUUCACAUUGCUUUGCAAAAUCUUUGUGGGAUUAAUUUAAUGGAAAUAAAAAUAAGAAUUAAAUACCA